UCCUAAGUAUCACAGAUACGAAUGAAAAUGCUUUUGCCAGUGGUUGCAUGGUACUUCCUGUGCGGUGAACUUCCGUUUCUAUGUGAGCACGUUUAGCUACGGGUUGAAAGUAGGAGUGUGCCUAGGAAUUGUCUUGAAAAAUGCCUGUACCAGCAGUUGUGAAGAAGCCAAAGAAGCAGCAACAUAUAAGGGCCAAGGGCCAAAAGAAGAAAAAAAUUUCCCUGAAGUUUACAGUUGACUGCACGCAUCCUGUUGAAGACAAUAUUAUGGAUGUUGCCAGUUUUGAGAAGUACCUGCAAGAGCGCAUCAAGGUGAAUGGCAAGACUAAUAAUUUUGGCAAUGUGGUCAAUCUGGAGCGCAACAAGAUGAAGCUGUCUGUUAAUUCUGACAUUCCGUUCUCUAAAAGGUAUCUAAAAUACCUUACAAAGAAGUAUUUAAAGAAAAAUAACCUGCGUGAUUGGCUGCGGGUUGUUGCGAGCGGGAAAGACACCUAUGAACUGAGAUACUUCCAGAUCAAUAGCCAGGAGGAUGAAGAAGAAGAAGACAACGAUUAGUCCCAUUCAUUCAACGGGUACAAAAGAAUUGUGUACUUGCUGUUUAAUAAAUGAUUUGUCCGCAUGAUGUUUCA